GGUAGCGCGACGGAACGCACAGUGUUCCGCCGAUCGUAGACGCUCCAGGUCCUGAGCGCCCCGACGCCGACGUCUAUUCUCACGUGAGGAUUCAACGAGAAACGACGCGCCUCUCGUUAGAAGAUAAUCAGCAUGUCUCUACACAGUUUCUUGAAUUCAGUCUGUUGAGUUUCAAGUUUUGUUUGACCAGCACCAACUCACACCAACUUCCGCCAUUCAAAAUCGAUCUCUGGCUCCAUUAACAACCGAAUUUUCCAGGUUUUAGAUCACCAAGGAUUAUAGAAUAGUAGGACGCCAAUCGUGAAUUCAACUCAGAUUCUAAAAUUAACGGAAUUAUAAAUAAGAACAGUUCGAAAAUAGAUCCACAAGCUGUGGCGGACUCUUUUUUUUUAUGUGAUUUUCUCGGGAGCUUAGCUGUUUAGAAACUUGUCCAAUAAAGCCUAACUUACAAGAUCUUUGGUUUUGAAUGAAGGAAAGUUGGAACGGCACCCUUCUAGAUGCUGCCUGAACGCGUAAUAACAAUGUGAAAAACAGUCUGGACUUAACAGUAGCAUUUUUGGAUGUGGAGGAAACUUUGGAUCGUAAAAAGUGGGUAAAGUGGAAAAGUUAUUACAUGAACUGUUUGUAUUCGAGAUGGAAAGGAAAAAUAUGCAACACCUUCUUUCUUCGGCGUUCUUUCUUUUUGCGUUCAUCGUUCGUUAUACAGCUGCUGGUGAAUCUUCGUUCAAUGCGUUCGUGGGAACAACGGUAGCGUUGCCAUGUACCGUCGACACGAAGCAGUGUGGUGCAUUGCACAGCGUAAAGUGGUACAGAGACAUGUCUAGGAUUUAUGUGUUCAGUCAUGCAGGAGGAAUUGCAAGGGCUGAAGGAGAUGCUACAGACAGAAUGACCGUAGAAUACACCGAGAACAGCAUGGAGGCGCGACUCAAAAUUUCUCCUGUAGAAGUCGACGACGAAGCUACAUACAAGUGUGAGAUAACCUAUUUGGAAGUUCGUGAAAACUGUGACGUCGUUCAGAUAGUGAAAUUGACAACAUUAGUGAAACCAACAUCAGUCACCAUACGAGAUAACCAUGGAACUCAACUUGUAAACACAUCUAUGUUAGGUCCCAAAGAUGAAGGAACGGACGUGGAGAUCAUCUGCGAAGCAGGUGGAGGAAAGCCAGUUCCUAUGGUCAGAUGGUACAACCAGUCUACUGAACUGAAAUGGGCAACCUACAGCCAAUCAGUGGAUAGAAACGGUAUGGGUACCGGAAGAUCGCAGCUCAAAGUUACUUUGUCGAAAGGUGACCUCGGAACAAAAUUCGAAUGUCGAGUCGAAAGUACGGCACUGGAGCAUCCAAUCAUAGCUUUCGUGGUGGCCGAAGUUUAUGUGCGACCAACCAAAAUGGAAGUCAGCAGUGUAAAUCGAAACGCUAUAGCCGGGAUGAAAGUUAUGUUGCUCUGUGAUGUUCACGGUGCGAAACCUGCGGCUGAAGUCACGUGGUUCAAUGGUUCGAGCGCUGUAAAUACGAGCUUCUACGUGUCUGAUCGCGAAAGUAACAGAGACGGAACAUACACCACGAAGAGCACCCUCGAAUUCGUUGCCAGUCGAUACGAGAACGGGAAAACUUUCUAUUGUAACGCCGAAAAUCAAGUAACGAGGAAUAAUAAUGAACCGGCCCUUCAUGGAAACGUCCUCGUGGAAAUACAAUAUCCACCUGUUGUCAGCGUCAGUCCACUCAACAUAACUGUUAAUGAAUCGGCCAAUCCGUUUUUAGGAUGUAGCUAUGUAGCUAAUCCCCAGGAGCUACAGAAAGUUAUUUGGAGUAGAGACGAAAAGAAUCUAAGUUUAUCUGACCAGCGAUACGAAGGAGGUACAAUAAGAAAUCCACCUUUGAGGAUAAAAAAUGUUUCCCGAGAAGAUAUGGGAUACUACCACUGUUGGUUGGAGAAUUCUGUGAAUAUGGUUAAGUCAGAAAAUAGUAUUUUCCUCAAUGUUAUGUAUCCUCCUGUUGUGACUGUUCUGAUGGAGCCAGCUGUGGUCAAAGCAGUGGAUAAAUCGACUGUGAUUCUUGAAUGUAAUGUAACAACGGGAAACCCGUCUAAUUUACAAAAGGUGAGGUGGUACCUAGGUGGAGAACUCAUGAAGGAACUACCAGAAUGUAAUUACACCACAUACGAAAACGGUACCAGGGACAGCGGGGGACCUUUCUGUGUAGGCGUAGAUCCGAGCAUAUUGAAACUUGAAAGUGUUCAAGAAAACUUCGCAGGGAACUACACUUGCCAAGGAAUGAACGCAGCUGGCUGGGGUGCAGAGUCUGAACCCCAAGAGUUAAUCGUAUAUUACCCACCCUCGGCCGCAAAACUGCGCUUUUUUCCAUCGCGAGUGGUGAAAAGUGCUUCGGUAAAUUUGGAAUGUUCGAUCGAUGAUCCAGGACGACCUGAAAAUACGACUUUUCUCUGGUACCGAGGCUCCCAUCUGAUCCCAGAAAUUACCACUUCGAAUUGGACGAUAUCGCCGGUUACUUUGGAGACAAGGAGCAAUUUCACUUGUAUUCCUCAGAAUGAUGGUGGCCAAGGGAAACCGGAUACCGUGGAGAUAAAUGUUGACGCUCCGCCAUCCUUCAUACAGAACCUCAUUCCCUACCAGGGAAUCCUGUACAAUUCGAAGAAUAUCUCGCUGACUUGUAGAGUGGAAUGUUGGCCGGUAUGUUCGAUAGUAUGGCUCAUCGACGGCAAACCUCUGGAUAAAAAUACGUCGUCCUUGUACUACGUAAGGACGGAAAUCUACCCAUCGGACGUGAAAAAGAACGACUUCGAAUCGGUCGAAUCGACGCUGAUCUGGAAUCUGACAGCCUGGCCUCAUCACCAACUAGAUAAAUCUGCUCCGAAUACAAACUACACUUGCAGGAGCUACGCUAAUGGAGUCGGUGCUGGUGUUGUAAGCACCUCAGAAGUUGCGGUUGAUUAUGCUCCGGAAGAAGUCGGUAUCUUCUACCAGGAUCAAACCUUCUUGGCGCCGAACCACGUGAUCAACGUAGUGGAAGGCCAACAUUUAACCCCAGUCAAAUGUGUCGGUAAAGGUCACCCCACGCUCAACUUCCUGUGGAGGAAGAACGACACCUCUGAGCCGAUCAAAACGGACACUUUGCAACUCACCACGUUAUCCAGAUAUAAUUCCGGUAGUUUUAUUUGCGAAGCCAGUAACAAGCAUGGGACGGCGGCCAUCAAGACGUAUUUCAACGUCCAAUAUAUACCCGAAUGCUCGGUGACGAUGAUUCAGAAGGAAGGCAAGCCGACAUUAGUGUGUACAGCUAUGGCGAAUCCACAAGAGGUUUCCUUCAGUUGGAGGAUGGAAGAAUACAACGAGACCUACGUGGAGACGGAAAACAUCAUCCAGGAUGGACUCAACAGCUACCUGUUCCUCGAUUCGGCAGCAGAUUCAGCCAGGACGUACUACUGUUAUGUGAACAACAGUGUUGGUACCAGUAGCCCUUGUGAAAAAUCUGUGGCAGGAGCAAGGCCUUGGUGGAACACAAUGGAGGACGAAAAUAAGAUAAUCGCCAUCAUCGCGUCAUCCGCAGUACUUAUAUUGUGCGUUCUAGUGAUAUGCAUCAUAAUAAUUAUACUGUGCAGAAGAAAAAGAGCCAACACAAAAUACAAUAGUCCUUUGGAAAUGGAAGAAAGGGAAAAACCAGAUGGUUACUGUCCCGACAACUCCAAUCAAAAGUGGCCCCUUAGACCUGGAAUUCUCGUGCCAAGACACAAAUUUCAGAAUAUAAACAUCAUACAAUUAGACAGGGAAAUGCCACAAUUCAAAACAACUUCGGUUUCUCGCAAACUUACUCAGUCUAAGUACGCGAAGAAUAGGCCGAAAGUAUACGCACGCUUGGAACGUUUAAAAACCCUAUUGGGAUUCAAUGGUUACGACUACGUACCAUCAGGUCUGACCCAGAGGUCUAGUGGAGUGGUCACUUUUAAGAAAUCUGCUACGAGUCUCAACACCGAGCUGCCAUCCACAAUGUUGUCCAGGAAGAGAAAGAAACCUGGAGGAGUACCCAACCAAUCCUCUUUAGCAGAUAAGACGGGCUUAGGGACUGCGCCACCAAUUGGAGGUAUAGCAGACCCUACCUACGAUCCUGACAAGGGUUUCUAUGAAAACCUACCCUUCCACAGUAUGCAGAAUCCACCAAACAAGCCAAUAUCAGUUAUUGCACCUUUUAACCAGGGACAAACCCAUAAUUUUCCCAAACCUAAUCCUUUUUCCCAUCAAAAUUCGGCAUUCAAAACAUCCACAAAGUCCAUGCAGAAUCUUUCGAUUAAACGACAUCAAUCAUUCAGUGGAUUUCCGAGGAAUCUUCAUCCCAUUUCUCAUUCGAAUAAUUUUUUGAAUGUAUCUAAUAGUCAAUACUUCAGAUAUAUGCAGCCAGCUUUGUCAACGAAUAAUCCCUUACAAAGGCCAUACAGUUCCCAAAUUUUGUUGAACAGACUGCCAAUGUCGAACAAUCUUCAUAAUCUGCCCACAACGUUACAGAAUCAAUCAGGAAAUAGCACCAUUUCGGCCAUUUCAAUUAAAGAUCAUAACUUGAAUACUCUUGGUGUCAACUCAUCAGUAACUGAACCGCGUAAAGUCUCUUCUAGUUUUUCUCUGCAACCCAAGAAUCAAAAUGAUGAUAAUCCGGAUGUGAAAAUAAUCUCUAAAUCUGAAUCUGAUUCCAAUUCCCGAAACUUAAAAGUGAAAUCAAAUAAAAACAUUGAAGGUAAUGUAAAACACUUUAAGGCCAAGGCAACUAUGAAGGAAAAUGGUACGCAAAGUGAUACUGAAGUACAAAAUAAAUCUAACGAUUAUUUGAAGAAACAUAAAUGCUAUUCUCCAACUUUUCAUUCCUUGAGAUGCAAAAAGCACUCAAAGAAGAGGACCUUGGUUUAUGCAGUACCAAAAAGAAUCCUGAGUGAUGGAGAUCUACCUAAUUGUCAAGAUAGUGGCGCAUCGGAUAAUGAAAGCUUUAAGCAUUAUCACAUUGUUCCAAUACCUGCACCGAGAUGUAAAAAGCACCGGAGGAAAGAAAUAAUUUACCAGAACGUAGCUGAAGCACUGAGAAAUAAAUCCUUAAUGGAUACGUCCAAUGACAGCAGUAUUGAUUUGUCUACAGGAAAAAUUCUGGACGAUGCAGCCACUACAGAAGUUGAAGUACACUCUUUACCCAGAUUAAAAGAAGGUCAAUCUAGGGAUUCUAACAAAGUGAACUCGGAUUCCCCUUCAUCUAAAACCAUUGACCCUGUUGUAUCAUCUCCUGUGUCAACUAAGACCUUAACGUCUCCUGUCGUUACUUCAAGAGUAGACACUCGACCAAAAUUGGUUGCAGUCAGCCCAAAAAGACUGAAUGAAAUUUCCGUAACUAAUUCUGCUUUCAAACGUUCCCCAACAGUCAAAGUGUGUCCCUUUUCAAAAUCUAAGAAUGAAAUACAAAAAGGUGCGCUUUCUAUUCAAAUUCAAGCUAAAAUUAAGGGAUCAUCAAGCCAGAAUCCUUCCCCUAACCCCAGUAUCCAAAGUGCAAAAUCAGACGCGGGAAACCCCAAAGAACCCUUCAUAAGAAAAACCAAAGACGAACCAAAGAAUUCACCCAAACCAAAUGAUCAUUCCGAGCUAAAAAGUAAUACCAAAAAUUCACCAAAUUUACCCAAAGCAAAUGGUCAUUCUGAGCCAAAAAGUAAUACCAAAAAUUCACCAAAUUUACCCAAAGCAAAUGAUCUUUCUGAGCCAAAAAGUAAUAAUAAAAAUUCACCGAAUUUACCCAAAGCAAAAAAUUCACCCAGUAAAACUUUCCUUUCUCCAAAAACAAGCUCCCAGAAUACCUCUUCAAUUGCAUCCGAUGCUGAAGUUCCUAAAAUGCCUCUUCUGGAUACCUCUGAAAAAAAAUGGAGUCCCAAAUCUAACCAAAGCAAUAGACAGAAUGCUUUUUACACACUAACAGCCCCUCAUCAUAAACCAUCCAACAUGGAUUUGGCCUCACACUACUCGGCAACAAUACCUCAUCCUAAGCACUCAAAGCUGAUACCGAGAGCUCUCUUUCAAGAGCAGCAACUACCUAAGAGCAAAUCCUUCUCGAGCAAGACCAAACAAAAAAAGCAUUUCCAAAUACCGCUGCAAAAAUGCCAUAGUUUUAAAUUUCAAACGGCUGAAAGCUACUUUCAACCAAUUAAGAACCUCCACGAAGAAAACUUGAUGAAAAAUGGUUACAUUUCGGACUACGCAGACUCGAACCGAGUGAUGAGGCCUAACAAUAAAAGAGAGAAGCACAAACAAAAAACUAACGGCCCUCUGGUUGUCAUGCGUCAAAGUGACUAUCAGGAUAGCCUGCAUUUCCAGGAGAAUGUGCAUGGUUCGGUUCAUUUGCAAUAUCCGCAACCCGGAUUGAACUCCCCUCUCAAACCCCAGACUGGAAGACCAAACGGUCUCGUGUACGCUGAUUUAGACAUGCCGAAACCGAGCAAGAAGGUCUCAAGUAAUAACAUGUCGAAGUCAAAACAGCCAAAACACAAACCAAAGACUGAAUAUGCUACACUACAAUUCAAUGACAUCGGUCAGGAGAUCGAUGUUUAACUGAAUGUUGAAAAAUUGUUUUUAUAGUGAUUUUAAGCCUUUUUAUCUAACCGACGGAGAUCUAGUGUACGCCGACUUGGACGACCAAUAUGGCCCCAUAAAUUAUAAAGCUGCCUCAAUUUAUGCGGCCAUGAAGAGGAAUAAAAACAACAACCGCCUAGAA